AUGUCUUGGUUGAAAGUAUGGCAAGCUAUAAAAGUUAACAGAAGUGACAGACCAAUACUUGAGGAAGGGGAGUUUAAUGUCUACAUCAAGGAUAACGUCGGCCUAUACCAAGGAAAGCAAAAGAUACUUCUCCGUCAAAACGGUAGACUAUACUUAACAAACAAAAGAGUGAUAUACUUUGAUAACAAUGAAGUCAAGAACAGCAUAGCUAUUAAUAUCGAACAGUUUACUUCAGGAGAGCUAAUUGACCGAUUCUUGAGAUCUUCGCCCAAAGUCAAGUUGUAUCUAAAAGUGGAAACUCAAAAGAAUACAAACAAGUCCAAACUCAAAUCUUCAAGUGGUUUUGAUUGGGUAUGCAAAAUUUGUUCUUUCAAGAAUCAUGUAUCUGGUGAGAUAGAUGCGGAAAUGGAAGCCCCUAAAUGCAUUGCAUGUGGGGUGCCUAAUAUGAACUUUAUACAAGACUUGCAGACCAAAUCUGACAGAGCUAGUUCUGAGAGCGCUAUCGUGGCACCUUUAACGGUAGCAUCUUCUGGCCAAAGCAGUGGAUUGGUGGAAGCUUCUCCAUCACCAGCUAAUCUGACACCAGAGCCAGUAUCUUCUACUAAUCAAGUUCCUGCUGGUCAAUGCCCAACCUGUACGUUUAUUAAUCAUAAAUCAUUGAAAUUUUGCGAAAUGUGUGGCACCGAAUUGGCAUCCUCCACAUUUGAAAUUAACCAAGCUUUGCAGGAUAUCUCGAUUGAAUCAAACCCACUCAACUUGCAUCUUGAAGGUGCUGAGCAGUAUACUAAUAACCAACCGUAUAUAAAAAUCAGUUUCCGUAAAGGUGGUGAAUCCCAAUUUUUCCAAGAAGUCGCAACCUUGAUUGAUGAGAUCAAGUGGGAAAAUUUGCGAAUCAAAGGUGGCAUUAAUCAGAAUUCCAAAAAGUUGGAGACAAAGAAGAAACAAGUUAGGCCAAAUGGUGCUGGGAUCCAUGCGUUGGAAGUUUUUGGUGAACAGCAAAGAAAGAACAACGAAAUGAUACUUAGCUCGUCAUUGGAUGAUUUAGAGCAAUUGAUGUUUAAAUUUGAAGACUUGAUUAAGCUUUCAUCGUCAUUUAAAAGAUUAUUAGCCAGUAAGGGUAACAACGUGUACAAUAGCAUUCCACCAUUGAAUAUAAGCCGCACAUCAAAGUUAUACCAUAGUGAGCUAAGCCGGCAUAUGAGUGAAUAUUUGACAAGCUUUGUACUUACCAAGAAAUCGUCCAUGAUAACUUUACCGGACUUGUUUGCGGAAUAUAAUAGAUUCUUGGUAAAGUGUUCGGGAUUUGGCACUGAGUUAAUAGAUGUUGCUGAUUUUAAAAGACUGAUUGAUUUGUUUGAAAUCUUGAAUCUACCCGUGGUACUGAAUAAGUACGAAAAGACCGGGGUCGUUGUAAUCCGACCAAAAAUUCAUGCCGACUCAUAUUGUGAGUUUAUCAUUGAAUUCUUGAAGCGACAAGAGCACAAGUAUAAGAAAAACGUAAUAAGGGCAGAAUUAAUCGAUGAUGAUGAUGAUGAUGAUGGAGGUGAAAACGAUGUUCUAAACCACGAAAGGGGUUGUUAUGGAGCUACUGUAUCAGAGAUAUCGCAUGCGUUAAACUGGUCAUAUAGUGUAACAAUGGAAGAGUUGGACAAAUCUAUCGACUCAGGACAAGCUGUUUUAGAUCAAAACAUAUCAGGAACCUUUUAUUAUGUUAACAAAUUUGCGUACAACACUUCUGAAUGGGAGGACUUGGCGGAAAUUCAACAGAUUAAAAACGAAAUUGUCAAAGAGCAGAAAGAGAUUACAGAAAGUUUGAAGAAUGAGUAUGAAAACUCGCAAGCUUCUAAUUUGCUCAACUUUAAUCCCGAGUAUGAGUUUGGCACAGUAGUAGAACAGCCAAAACCUGCAGCUGGUAAUCCACCAUCACACUCAACCAUCCACUCGCUAAAUGGUUUAGAAGGGUUACGGUUUUGA